AUGGCUGAUCUGAUUGUCAUGUACCAGGGUGAACUGGAGGCACAUCCAGCCAUCACGCAAGUUCUGACCAUGGCUACGUUGCUACUAGCCGGCGACGUGGUCUCCCAGACUUUCUUCCAGAAGAAGCCCUUCGACACGAGACAAGCCGCCCACUUCUUCAUCGUGGGCGUGUUCUACACCGGUCCAUGCUCAGUGACCUGGUUCAGACUUGUGGAACGAUUGGUCGUCAUGGACGGGGUCGCUGCAGCCGUCAUCAAGGCCCUCGCCGGUCAGGUCAUCUACACCCCGCCGUAUACGCUAGGCCUACUGGUCCUCUACGGCCUUCUCCAAGGACAGAGCUGGAAGGAAGUCCUGGAUAGCGUAAGGAGUAAAUACGGUGCAGUGCUAAUAUCGAGGUACAUGGUGUAUCCGGCGGCGCAACUUAUCAACUUCGAGUUUGUGCCCGUAGUCUAUCGUACCAUGUAUGGAAGUGUGAUCGCGUUGUUUUGGAACAUUUACCUUUCCUGGAAGGCAAAUCGGUUAGAAGGGGAGCUCCCGGUUGACCCGGUUCAGAAGGACGUGAUUGAAUCAGCCUGA